AUGUCAAUCAAUUCAUCACACAUUUCUGUACAAGUUGGUCCAUAUUAUGAAGGAGAGGGAUCUUGGAGUUUGAGGUAUGAGACUAUUAUAUACUUUAGUUUGAAAGCUCUUAUCAAUAAGUAAGCUGCAACAUAACAAUUGGNGAUUCCAUCUUAUUAAAUUCAUUAUCAUUUACUUUUUGAAUAUAAAUUCUUUGCCUAUGUUUUUGAACUUUUAGGAAAGUAUACUAAUGAUUUCAUACAAUUUUAAUUAGAACUACAUCAUAAUAAGAAUGUUUAUAAUACUAUAAUAGAAUUUAUGAUGAAUACAAAGGAAUGAAUCCUAAAGUAUUUAAAUAAAUUGAAAUAAAAAUAAGAAUUAUUAGCAUAAUUAUAAUAGAAGACUUCAAGAUAGAAUAUACAAUAGAAAAAGGAAAAUUAAAAAACAGUAAACAAUAUACGAAGAAUAGAAAUAAAUAAAUAGUUAAAGAGAGUAAGAAGAGAAUUAAAUUGUAUUUUAUUAAUCUUGAGAUGAUGAUUCAUUCAAUGUAGCUAUGAAUUUAAGAGAAGAAUAAGAGUAAUAUUAAUAAAUAAAUGUAUUAGUUGUUUGGAGAUAAUAAUUUAUUCUUUGAGAUAGGAUUUACAAAAAAAUUGUACAUUUCACUAUUAGAUUUAGGAGGAGAUUAUAAAGAUAUAUUGACUUAUUAAAAUAUAUUCAAUCAAAUUUAAGUUAUAGAUUUAGAGAGGGGAUAAUUUGAUUUAAUCAAUUAGAAAUGGUAUGAAACAAUAAAUGGUUGUAUGUAUAGAAUAGCUAAUUGA